AUGGCCUUUGCCUUGCCCUUUGGCGCGCCAGCUCCGACGACGAACGAGACCAUCCAGCAACCUCUGCCUCAACCUCUGCCUCAACCUCAUCCUCAAUCUCAGGCGCUGCCGCAACAGCAACCGCAACCACAGACCCCAUCCCAGCAGUAUCAACCGCACCAGUACCCCCUCUCGCAAGCACAGCAAGCCCGACAACAGCAGCAGCAACAACAGCAGGGCCAGCAGGGCCAGCAUCACCAGCAGCAGCUCGCAAUGAACGGCAUCAACGGUGCCAACAUGGGCGGCGGGCCUGCCAUCCCAUCUGGUCCAACGCCCGCCGGCCACCAGGCCGAACUGAACUACAUCUACGGCAUGGUCGAGGAGCUGAGUCGCCAAUUAGCAGACAACCGACGGGUGACGGAAGACAUUGUCAGCGGCCUAGGCCGAGUGCGCAGCCGAGCCAAGAACCAGAAUCUAUCCAACGACGAAUUGAUAGCAGCAGCUGCGUCCGAUCUCCAAGCCGAAAACCAAAACCUAGAUACCCUCGUCUCCAUCCUCUCCGAAUCCCUCGAAAAAGCCAACUUCUCCCGCGACGCCAACGCCACCCUCCUCACCCAAUACGCCAACGCACUAGCCCUCAUGCUCAAACAAUUCCACGACUACAAGGCCAAGCACGUCGCCGACAUAGCGGCCUGGCACCGCUCCUACCGCGUCCAACUCGACGAGGCGCGCCAGGAGAACAGCCGUCUGCGCGAACAGAUCUGGGAGAUGCAGACGCACGCGAGCCGGGCCAACGAGAACCUGCGGCAGUUUCGGCGCAAGUACGACGAGGACGAGAAGCGGUGGAGCAGGCGGGUCGAGGGGAAGAGCGCGCGCCAGGAGCUGCGGUUCUGGAAGAGGAUGGCGAUGCCGGAGCUGGAGGACGAUGACCCCUACUGGAGUGGGGAUGAUGAUGUGGUUGAUGAGGCCGAGAAGGAGAGGCUGAGGGAGCUGGAGCAGAGGGCGGCGCAGGAGCAGAUGAUGGAGGGGCCGAUGGACGAGGAUGGUGGUGAUGGACACGCACACGGGCACAUGGCUUCGCAUAUGGGUAUCAUGGGGGGGAUUGCUAUGCAGAGGGAUGAGUCGGCGAGGAUGAUGCCCGUGCCGCCGCCGAGACCGUUGAGUGCAGCGUCUAGUACGGGGUCGACGGGGCAGUGA